AUGGCAUACGACGAAUUACCCCAGUCCCCUUAUGAAGAGCCGGAAACGCUCAACGAGAAUCGCUAUGCGCGCCGUCUCCGUCGCACAGUUUGGCUUUUAGCUUUGUCCAGCUUAUUGAACAUCGCUCUCGCUGGUUGGGCGGUACAGCGCUUUUGGAAGCCAAGUCGAAACUCGUACGAGAAUGGAUUCGAAACGGACUUGAAGGCAGUGAAGUCUUCAAUAAGUCUAGUGAAGAUGAGAUUCGAUGGUGGUGUGAAAAUUGACAAGAAUGGGACCUUUGUACAAGACCAGAUUGUCGGAGGGAGGAAGUACACGGGCAAGCCAUCUUUGGCUGUCGACCUCUCAUGGUUCGAGCUCUUGUCUGGUCUAAAUAUUGAUCUUUCCGGUGAUGAUGCGGACGGUUUAGCCGAACACACUCUACAAUGGCCGGAUUCCGAUAAGUACUUCUCCGGCUUGGAGGUGUUCCAUUCGUUGCAUUGCCUGAAUCGUCUUCGCCAGGCCUUAUAUCCAGAACAUUACUCUUAUCUUUUCAAAGAUCCAAAGGAUCCGUCAAAAGAAGAUCACAUAGAUCAUUGUAUCGAACAUCUUAGACAAGCGAUACAAUGUCAUGCGGAUCUCACGCCUAUGCACUGGGCUCGUGUUGACAAUGCGGUUCUCCUAAAGACCGACACAGAACACACUUGCCGCGACUUCGACAGUAUAUGGAACUGGGCAAAAAGCAGAAGGGCAGAUAUCGAUAAUAUUUGGCUCAAGAAUGGCACGCUGCAUAUCGUGGAUUGA